UCUACACUUGCGUUAGUUGCGUAUCUGAUAUAUUUGAAUGUAGAACGAAUUGGGAUUUUAUAUAACAUCACACAUCCCAUUGCAAAUUCACAAUUCGUUCUCAUUAGAACAGAUCCAACAAAGUGAGAAGAGUCGUGAAAUAUAGAAAUGCCUUCUUCUCUUCAGCUUCAUAGAAUCAAUCCGAUUACUGAUACAGUCGCCACCUGCGCCGCCGCCAAUUUCCAUCAUAAACAAGCGACACCCACAUGGGUUACCCCGGUGUCUAGCGAAAUUUAUGUGCCGGAUAACGUGUUGCACCACCACACGCACGCGGUGGCACCCAACCAGUGCUCAUCCUCGGUGGUGCAAACUAUUGAUGCGCCGGUUGCAACCGUGUGGUCCGUCGUCCGCCGCUUCGACAAACCGCAGGCGUACAAGCACUUCCUCAAGAGCUGUCACGUGAUCGGCGACGGUAACGUGGGGACGCUCCGGGAGGUGCACGUGGUGUCUGGCUUACCGGCGGCGUCAAGUACUGAGAGGCUCGAAAUCUUGGAUGACAUAUGA